CGCAAGGAACAGGAAAGCAUGAACUGGAAGAAACAGCCAAUCUACACAGCAAGCCAGCACACCGUUUUGCCAUACGGUUGGCCCCGGAAUUAGGCGCGCCUCGGUUGCUUCCUAGCCGCCGGAUUAAUCAUUCCCUCCCCCCUGAGGCGGGUCGCCUUCGAUGCUCCAAAUUUCUGAAAUUUCUUCUCAUCAGAUUUUGAUUUCUAUUUUAGGAGUUUAGAGGUGGGGGGAAUAGUUCUCUGUUUCUUGGCUGCCGUCCUCGGAUUCUGACCUCGUAACCCAUUCCAGAUUGGUUGGAGGAACAGCCAAAAUUGGGCGUCCAUCAGAAGUAACUCGUUUUGAUUUUUGGAGUUCCUGGGUGAACAAGGCGAGUUGGUUUGGUUGGUUUGCUUCAGGCUCAGGUUAAUAGUGGGAUAUGAUGAAGCUAAAAAGUAGAAGACUGCCAUUUUAUAAGGAUGGUCAUCCAGAUUUGGUUGCUCAAGUAAAGUCUACAGCCAAGAACAUGAAGGAAGAAGAUAUUAAGCCUCAUCAACCAAUUCAGCUCAGAAGAAGUAGAUGGGUUCUUGGUGAUGUAACAGAGGUGUUGGAUCAACGUUCGUGGAGGCUUGGGAAGAUUACAGAGGUGCUGAAGAAUGACUAUUUUGCCAUCAGGCUAGUGGGCUUCAUCCAACCGAGGGAAUUCCACAUAUCUUGCUUGAGGAUUCCACAUGCUUAUCAUAACAAGCAGUUGACUGUAGAAGACAGGGAUAUUCAGGCCUAUGAAGAGGAUGAUUACAAUACUAGGAGGAAAGCGACCAAUGUUUGUGCUUCCACAAGUUCUAGAACUGUGAAGAGAAAACUAGAAGAAAGUAGGAUGCCACCGAACGAUUUAGUUAGAAGAACAGGCAAGAAACAGAAAGUAGCUGCAUAUGAAGUUUGUCAGCUAACCAAGAAUGUGUUGCCUCUGAAGAUGUCUGAUAGGAAUGACAUCGAUGGCGAUCGCUUUUAUAGGCCUUUAAGUGGCAGAUGCAAUGAUCUCACCAAGAACAACAAUGCCAAGAGAAAACCAGAUUGCAAAGUUCUUCCUUCCUCUGAAAUACCCUUGCACAUCAGAGAAGCGAACGAGUGCUCAGUGGCUAGUUGCAGCGUUAAUUAUUUGGAAUACUGUACCAAUGAUGAGGAACAAUCAGUCAGAAUCCGCAGCUGCUUCCCUGAUGAUGCCAUGUCUGCAUGUCCAUCUAUGUCUGCACAGGAGAAUAACAACGUCUAUGGCUCCGGUUUACACAUGAAUGUACAUGAGCUGGAGCUGCAAGCAUAUCAAUCAACAGUCAGAGCUUUCCAUGCCGCGGGACCACUGACAUGGGAGCAAGAGUCACUACUGACGAACCUGCGCCUCUCGCUGAACAUCUCAAAUGAGGAGCACUUGGAUCAGUUGAAGCAUCUCUUGUCUCUCUGAAAAUUUAGAAACUAAAAUGCUUUUUGUGUAUCUCUGGAUUACCCCCAACUUGCAGAGAUCUCCACAGCUUUGUAGAGCUUGCCUUCUACUUUUAUGGCAGUGUACAUAUAUAGAAAAGUGAAGAGAAAUUUACCUAUGGUUAUAGCCUUCUCUGGAUUACCCAACUUGUAGAGAUCUCUAUAGUUGUUGUCAGGAGUAAUGAAGUUAGUGCUUUCAUGGUAAUGGAGAGCUAUCAUCAAAUUUCAUUUAGCUAUGUUGAUAGUAAGGUUGAAAUACUAGUUUCUUUUUUUUAUUGAGGAUGUUGAAAUAUUAGUUGCAGUUACUGAUUUCACCCAUUUCCAUCUUUUCUUUGGUACCACUGUACAUCGAUGCCUGUAAUGAUUCACCAUUGAUAGAUCCUGCUUCAGAUAUAUCCUAAGGGCAAUCUUUUUUUUUUGAGCAAC